AAAUUAUUUAUUCGAGGAAUUGAUAUCGUGAAGAAAGGGAAAUCAGAGUAUUUCAAGAAGAUGUGUGAAGAUGUAAUGAAGAGAAUUGUGGAUAUGGAUAAUGAUAUGGAUGCACUUGAUACUGUUUUAUCAACGAUUGAAUCUCAUAUGAAGAAUAAGUAUAAUGAUAUAACUGUGUUUACAUUAUCUGCGACAUAUCGGCCUCUCAAUAAGAACAUAUCAGUGAACGAAUUUGUAAAUCGUAUGCGAAAGAAAAAAAUUGAAAUUGAGGCGGGUGAACGAUUUAAUUAUUAUAUCAUUCGACAUCCCGAUAAGAAUGCGAAGAUUCAUCAGAAGAUGGUCCUCGUGAAGUAUUUUGAUAAUAAGAAGAUGAAAAUUGAUAUGAGAUAUUAUAUCAAUACCCUCAUUGGAACAUUAGCACGUUUUAUUAAUCAUUAUGCUCAAUUUCAAACAAAUGAUAUUGAUUAUAAGAAGAGAGAUGAGAUUAGUCAAAAAAAUGCAGAAAAAUUUUUGAGGAAUCAUGUCAUGAUGAUUGAUGAUAGGAUGACGAUUCACGACAUUCGUAAUUUUUUUAUUCCAGUACCGACUAAGAGAAUGAUUUUGGAGCAAGAUGGUAGAAAUCAAGAGAAGCAUAUAAGAUUUGAGUGA